AUGGCCAUUCGUUCAGUCAUUAUCGCUGCAACUGCUCUCCUCGGAGCUGCGGCCAACGCCCAGGUCGUGGGCACUCCCUUUGGCUUCGGUGCUGCCACCACCGGUGGUGGUGAUGCGACUCCCGCUGCUCCUGCGGAUACGGCCGAGCUCACCGAGUGGCUCGCAGACGACGAGCCCCGAGUGAUCCUCAUCGACAAGGAGUUCAACUUCCUCGGCGAUGUAUGCACUGACUGCGAGUGCUGCAUUCCCGACUCCAACACUUGUGGCGACGCAGGCCAGAACGCUAUCGAGGUUGGCAUCGGCUGGUGUGGUGACUACCCUACUACGACCUGCACGUACGACAACGCCGGUCUUGACGGCCUCGAUGUAGGCCCGAACAAGUCUAUCGUUGGUGUGGGCGAUGCUGGUGUCCUUCGCGGUAAGGGUCUGCGCAUCCAUGGCACGGAGAACGUCAUUGUCCAGAACAUCCACAUCACGGAGCUCAACCCGCAGUACAUCUGGGGUGGUGAUGCCAUUUCCCUUGAUGGUGCCGAUAAGGUGUGGAUUGACCACGUUAAGAUCUCCCUCGUCGGUCGCCAGAUGUUCGUCACUGGAUACGAGUCCAGUGGAAGCGUCACUUUCUCUAACAACGAACUCGACGGCACCACGGACUGGAGUGCUUCUUGUGAUGGCCAUCACUAUUGGACUAUCCUCGCCCUCGGCGAAAAUGACAAGGUAACCUUCGCCAACAACUACAUCCACACCACCUCCGGCCGUGCCCCCAAAGUCGGCGCCCCCAGCUUCUGGCACGUAUACAACAACUACUGGUCGGACAACACCGGCCACGCCUUCGACGUCGAGGAAUCCGGCACAAACGUCUUCAUCGAGGGCAACGUCUUCGAGGACAUCAACUCCGCAUACAACGGCGACGGCACUGGUGCCAUCUUCGCCGUCGACUCCGACUCCGAGGCUACCUGCUCCUCCGCCCUCGGCCGUACUUGCAUUGCCAACAGCCUCACCAGCUCCGAAUAUACCGCUGUCGCGGAUGAGAGCGUCCUGUCUGCUUUCCCCGCCGACGAAGAGGGCGACGUUACCAUCAUGGCAGUUGAGGAGGUCGCCGCCUACGUCCUGGCCAACGCUGGUAUCGGCAAGCUCUCGUCCAGCGGAAGCACCAGCGGCGGCAGCAGCAGCGCCGCCGCUGUUACUCCUACCUCCAGCGUCCCUGUGAUCCCCACCAGCACGCCUCUUGUGUAUCCCACCCCGACCCCUCCUGCUUUUGAGACGCAUGUUAUCCAGCCUGAGCCUGAGGCUUCCAGCACUGCCGUCCCUGCCCCUGCCCCUUCUGGUGCAGCGAGCCAGGGCUCUUCCUCUGGCUCUUCUCACCCGCCGGGUACUUGCAAGGCUCGCCGUAGCCACAAGAAGCGGGCUCGCCGUUCUCACUAA